GGAAAACUUUCAGGGGGGGUUGGAAAGUUAAAGGAGGAGACGGAUCAGAACCGGAUCAGAACCGGAGAACAGACGGACCUCCUGGGUGAGGAGAGCUGAGGCGGCACAUUCAUGAAACAAACUACCAGCAGACAGCUUCUCCCCUUCAGGACUCCUCAGAUCUGAUCCCAGAGCACCCGGGGGGGACUGGCCCCCUCAGUCAGCUGAUCUGAAACAUCUCCGUGGAAACAAAGAUGGAGUCCAUGAAAGUCAGAUCCACGAACCUCCAGGAAGAGUAACAGAGACACUGAAGGAUGGGGGACAGAGAGGGAGGAUGAAGGAGAGAACCAGAACUGGGACAGAACCCGACGCCGGGACCACCUGAAGCUGGACUUUAGGUCUGAAUGGGACCCGGCGUACAGAACCAGGACUCUGAUUUUUAUCUGGGCUGCUCUGAGACACAAAGCGACUGAAGACUCAGUGAGGGUGAGAGCUGGAGGAUGAUCUGAGGCCGCAGUGACCUUUGACCCGGCCUCAGGUGCUUCUACAGGUGCUGGGAUGCAGCUGAACCGACCUCGCAGCACCCUGCUGGCUGUCGGGGGCCCGCCUCCCUCCUUCUCCAGCCAGUUCAGCACCAUGAGGUUCUCCUAUCACCUCCACACUGCAGCACAUGGCUGCAACAGCGCCCCCCACAGGACAGGCCCCGCCUCUUCCACCAGCCCCAGCCUGCUGGCUAAGGGCCUCUCUCUGGAGCCGUCCUGCUCUCCUUGUGGCCACCAGGGGGUGCUGGAUGGUGACACUCCACAGUCUGACUCUGAACCGGGGUCCGGGUCUUUGGAGGAAGGUGCGGAGCCAGUGGAUUGCUGUGUUUCUGUGAACGACACGGGUCCACCAGAACUGCCAGCUGCCACGGUAACGGCACCGAACCGGGUCCGCCCACCGCUGCCGGGACCUAAACCUCAGGUCCCCCCGAAGCCCCCCCACCUCCAACAGCAGGCUGGACUGAUCAGGCCACGCCCCCGAAUCCAAGAGAAGCCCCCACCGCCUCCUGCCCCCUGCAGACCUCUCCCCACAGACCCCCGGGGUGGUUGGACACCUUCCACUAGGACCGAUGGCACCGCCUCCCCCACCUGCGUCCUGUCGCUCAUAGAGAAAUUUGAGCGAGAGCAGAUCAUCGUGGUUCCUGACAUCACCGGGGGGGCUCUGUGUCCCCGCCCCCUGGACCCCCCCAGCUCCCGAUCUUCAUCCCCUCUAUCGUCUGCCUCGCCCGCCCCCUCCCGACCCGAGGGGGUGGAGCCAGAUAGGGACCCUGCAGGCGGUGGGGAUGGCGAGCUGUGUGAUGAAGAUGAGGAUAAUGAGGAUGAUGAUGAUGAGGAGGAUGAAGAGCUUGUGGCAGCGUGUCGUGACGAUGUCCAUCAGAAGCGCCUGUCCAUGGAGUCAGGUUACAGCGCCUCUGAGAAGAACCUUGACGAUGAUGUGGUCACCGUGGAAACGGAUGACCAGCAGCCACAGAUACUCCUCGACCAAUCAGAGCUGCCCUCUGAGCGUCUGUCCCUCCCCUCCUCCCAGACGGACGGGAAGCUGGCGAACCGAGACAGCGGCAUUGACAGCAUCAGCUCACCGUCUCACAGCGAGGAGCUCUGCUUCGCCAGCGUGGACGAUGGGGGCGUGGCCUAUCCAUGCAGCCCCGCCCUCCUGCCCCGCCUCUCCAGCUCCUCCUCUACCACUGGGGAGGGGGAGGAGAGGGUGGCCAGGGGAGGGGAGAGGAGGAGGAGGGAGUUUUCCGAGGAGGGAGAUAGCGACCUGGAGGAGGAGGCGGAGCUAACCAUGGUGCUGGUCCCGCCCAAAACAGACAGACAGGACUCUGUGGAGCUGUCUGUCCAUCAGAGGGUCUUCAACAUCGCUAACGAGCUGCUGCUCACAGAGAUCGCCUACGUGUCAAAGCUCCACCUGCUGGACCAGGUCUUCUGUGCCAGACUCCUGGAGGAGGCGCGGUCCCGUUCCUCCUUCCCGUGCGACGUGGUCCAGGGGAUCUUCUCCAACAUCUGCUCCAUCUACUGCUUCCACCAGCAGUUCCUGCUGCCUGCACUGCAGAAGCGCAUGGAGGAGUGGGACUCAAACCCGCGGAUCGGAGACAUCCUCCAGAAGCUGGCUCCUUUCCUGAAGAUGUACGGAGAGUAUGUGAAGAACUUUGACCGAGCCAUGGAGCUGGUGAACAUCUGGAUGGAGAGGUCCACUCAGUUCAAGGCCAUCAUUCAGGAGAUCCAGAGGGAGGAGCGCUGCGGGAACCUGACCCUGCAGCACCACAUGCUGGAGCCGGUCCAGAGGAUCCCCCGCUACGAGCUUCUGCUCAAAGACUACCUGAACCGGCUGCCUGAGGACGCCCCGGACCGCAGGGACGCCCAGAAGUCUCUGGAGCUGAUCGCCACGGCCGCAGAACACUCCAACGCCGCCAUCAGGAAGAUGGAGCGAAUGAGGAAGUUGUUGAAGGUGUACGAGCUUCUGGGAGGAGAGGAGGACAUCGUUAACCCGACUAAUGAGCUCAUCAAAGAAGGACACAUCCUCAAACUGUCCAAUAAGAACGGCACCACGCAGGACCGAUACCUGAUCCUGUUUAACGACAGACUGCUCUACUGUGUCCCAAAGCUGCGUCUGAUUGGCCAGAAGUACAGCGUCCGAGCUCGCAUCGACGUGGAAGGCAUGGAGCUGAAGGAGACGAGCGGCGUUGCUGUUCCCUGCAGGACGUUCCUUGUGUCUGGGAAGCAGAGAUCUUUGGAGCUGCAGGCCAGGACCGAGGAGGAGAAGAAGGACUGGAUCCAGGCUAUCCAGGCCACCAUUCAGCGCCACGAGCAGACGAUGGAGAGCUUCAGAUACCUGACCUGUUCGCUGCGUGAUGAUGAGUCCACCCCGCCUCACUCCCCGAGUUGUGUGGAGUUGGGAAAACGAGCUCCAACCCCGAUCAGAGAGAAGGAAGUAACUCUGUGCAUGAAGUGUCAGGAGCCGUUCAACUCCAUCACCAAGAGACGGCACCACUGCAAAGCCUGCGGACACGUGGUUUGUGGAAAAUGCUCCGAGUUUCGCGCUCGUUUGUCGUACGACAACAACCGGACCAACCGUGUUUGUGUAGACUGCUAUAUCACUCUGGUGGGAGUCUCGCCUUCGCCAGGAGGACUGAGCAGCAGCACUCAGAGGAGGCGCUCCAUCCUGGAGAAACAGGCCUCGCUGGCAGCAGAGAACAGUGUGAUUUGUAGUUUUCUUCACCACAUGGAGAAAGGAGGGGGACGCGGCUGGCAGAAGGCGUGGUGCGUCAUCCCUGAAAACGAGCCGCUGGUGCUCUACAUCUACGGCGCUCCACAGGAUGUCAAGGCGCAGCGUAGCAUCCCUCUGAUUGGCUUUGAGGUCUCUCAGCCUGAGUCAUGUGAUCGCCUGGAACGGCGACACGCCUUCAAGAUUUCCCAGAGUCACCUGACUCUUUACUUCAGCGCAGAGGGGGAGGAGCUACAGCGCAGAUGGAUGGACGUCCUAUCGAGAGCCGGCAGAGGGGAGGAGCCUUUGAUCCAUCAGCCAAUCGUGGAGAGCGUGGAGGAAGAAGGGGAGGAGCUUAGUGCUGAGGUGGAAGGAGAGAACACUUGAUUUUACUGGAGCUAAAACAUUGAAGAUGAUGAUGAUGAUGCCAUCAUGAAAGUCUGUCCUGAUUGGAAAGCAGAAUACGAUAACUAGAUCCUGAAAGAGUUUACAAUUUAGCCAAAACCAAACCGCAAAGCAAACCUAGAACCACAAGUCAAUCUGAUCUCACAACAGUUAAGAUCCAAACUAAUCCAGGAACAAACCAGGACAGCUAGAAGAAAUCUAGAACUAAUUCACGUAUCAUCCAAAUUUGAACCGCAACCGAUCUGAGACGCACCGGGUUCGAAAAGCAAAGAUAGAGAAAUAAUCAUCAGGAAAAGGAAAACCAAACCUGGACAGGAAAAUUUGAAACCUCUUGAGGACAAAGUCCAGAAACAACCUAAACAGCUGGAAUCACACAUGGUCCAGAAUCAAUCCAAAGCUUUUCUGGACAACCAGAGGAAUGUGGACUUGAGGAGGAAGCUGAGACUCCUGCAAGAGAAUGUUCAAAUUCGUUUAACGUCAUGAGACGGAGAGAUAGAGCUCUGACUGGGCAAAGCUCAACAUUUAUCCAGCAAUUCCCUAAACACACACAUUCUCCUAGUGGGAACUAUCCCACCCCUACUCAAAGAACUUUCUCACACACGAACAUUUGGUUAUUCCCAAGAAAAAAAAACAGCCAGAUAAACUCAGAACUGGUCUCCUGUUCACGGCAUGAAGGACGCUGAUUGAACUCAUUCUAAUCUCUCAUGACCUUUCCUUCAUCCUUGUCUAGAGUCGGGAGGCAACUGCUUUCUGUCAUCCCCACGCUUAACUCCAUAACUUAACCCCAGCAUACAGAUUGGUACAAGACUUCUAAGCAAUCACCCCUAUUUAGGCAGAGGACAGGCACACAAAAUAUUUUAUCUCGCAAACAGGCCAAGGAAAAAAAUGCUUCCACAGGAACCACAACGGAUCUAGAACAUUUAUCCAAAUCUUACAAAAACGAGUAAAGAUCUCAUUCAGAGCAACAACAACACACAUUAAAACUAUGAAGAAUUAAGGCAGAAGAGUCACAGGAACCAAAACCGAUCCAGACCAGACCUUUGGCAGAGGUACCCGGUCAGAACAUUUCCCAAAUCAGCCUGUGAGGUUCUGCUGCUCUCUGGGUUCGACCUCCAGACGGAACCAACCUUUCUGUUCGGAUUCGGGAGUUUAAAGCUACGAUCCAUUCCUCGUCAGAGGAGCUAGGUCUUCCUUCUGAAGGUUUCUGAUGUGAUUGUGGCGCCGUCUGCGGGGACAACCCCCCCCCCACCCAUCUCAGAUCGCUGCUGGACAGGAGCAGGACCGGAUCAUCCAUGGCCGUCCAGCGCAGGAUUUUUUCAGCCAACAAAAGAAUCCAAUCCUUUAUCAGGAUGUUAAUACAGAUACCAAACAAGUGAUGAACGCUUCGCCGGUCCCACAGCAAUCAUCUCAGAAACUUCAUAAACCACAGGAGGUUUCGGACCCUCGCAGAACUUCCUGUGGUGGACAGAAUUUCAUUUCAAAACAUCAAGUCCAACAUGACGACAAACAGCACAAACUAAGCGCCAGAGGUUCUGUUCUGGAGGCCCUCACCAACAUUCCUGCAGGUCUGGUCCAACAUCUGGUUCUUAAAAAGAAAUGUGUAUAAAAACCAGAACCCACACAGAACUAUUACCCGUUCAACCAAUGCUGAGAAAGUGUGAGCAGGUCAAGCACAUACAGAACCGACUGGUCCCCUCAGAACCCCAGAAGGUUCUGUAGAACUUGACAGAGUAUGGAACAUUUAAAACAUCCUGAGAAAGACUUUAUUAGAUUUAUUACAUUUAUUGAAAAGAAACAGUUUGAUCUCAAACUAUGUUUCCCAGCUUCCUUUACGCCCCACGUGGUUUGCUGCCCUCUACUGGUGAGUUUGGGUACAGCUGGGUUUUAUUACUGUGUUAUCUGUAUGGAUAUAUAUUUAUUUUUAUUUUCUGCAGGUCUUUGAUUAACUUCCUUUACUUCUGAUUCAACAGAUUUAACAAGAAAUUUAAGACUGUUUAAAUAUUGGAUGUUGGAGGCAUGAGCAGAAGGAAGUUAAUUAAAAAUUCAGUAUCUGAGCUUUUAAAUGUGAGUUUUAUGAAUUAGAGAAAAUCUAUAAAAAUGUUUAAAAAAUUCAAAUCUUCGAUGUAAUUCCGUAAAAACUUUGGUUUUAUUUAGCGCUUACUCAUCGCAGGUGCUGGUGAUGAUGUCAUCUCCAGCUGCUUUAAGCCAGCAUUAGGGAGCAGCUGAUUGGCCGGAGCACGGACCAAUCAGGGCUGGGGUUGGCUGGACACUUCCUGAUGUUUACUGCCAGAAGAAAAAAUCACAGAACUGAGGAAGGAGGAGGAAAAAGGACACUGAUGAAGAUGAUGAUGAUGAGUUUUAGACCAAGUCCCUGACGGUUCGGGAGAACCGCCAGAAUUGGACUUUGGUGUGUUUGGACGAUACUGCUCCAGUAUCUCUUCCCUUGUUUGGCAGAAAGCGUU